AAAAAAUUUUUCCAAGAUGGCGGGUCGUGGAAGGGGUAGGGGAAAAUUCACUUUUGAUGUGAGUAAAGUUGGCAUUCAAAAAGGCGAAGCACUACCGGCAUCAAUUCAGCAACCACCUCCUUUAUUUCCUGUGAGUAUAUCUUUUAUUUUAGUGGUCUUUCAUGAUAUUAUAAUUGAUAAAAACAACAACAUUGUGAACCUCAAUAUUUUUCAGCCUCUUGAAUUUAAGCCAGUCCCGCUGAGCAACUCUGAAGCUGAUGAUUACCUGCUUGCCUUAAAACAAGAAUUCCGAGGGAUUAUGCAGGAAUCAGCAUAUUUUAUUAAACCCAACGUUGUGAAGAAAGGUAUGAUUUAUAAAAUAUGUUUUUGUGUGACUAUUAUUUUUUGGACAACAUUUAUUCUAAUGGAUUAUAUAUGAAUGAUACAAAAGAAUGGAAUGGGUAGAUUGGAAUAGAAAUUAUAGAAUAAAUUAGAAUAGAAUAAAUAAGAAUAAAAGGAUUAGAAUAGAGUAGAGUACUAUAGAAUGGAAUGCAGCAGAAUGGAAUAUAUUGGGAUAUAGAAUAGAAGAAAAAUAGAAUUUAAUAUAAUGGCAUGGAAUGAAACUGAUCUGAAUGGAAUAGAAUAAACUAGACUAGAAAAAAUAUAAUAGAAUAGGGUAUCAUAGAGUAGGAUAGGAUAGAACAGAAUGGAAUAAAACACAAUAGAAUAGAAGGAAAUGAAAUAGGAAAGGACAGAAAGAUAUGGAAUGGAUUAUAUUAAAAUAACUUGCAUUGUUCAAACUAUAAAGAUUCUUCUAUUGUUUUGUUUUCAGACCUUGCAAGAUAUUCAGAUAAAUAUCGAGAACAAAAACCUGAAAACAAUGAAAAGUGGGAACCAGGUGCUCUUUCAAUUUUACAUUAUGUGGUUUUGAGAGAAAACAUCCUCGUAGUGUGAAGACGUGUUUGGUUAACAAUGUAAUAUUUCCUUGUUUAAAGACUGGAGUAGAUUUCCGGAAGAAUUGAAAGAGAAAACAAGAAAAUCACGCACGAAUGCAAGUACGUUUUUAACUAAACUUUUGUAAUGAAGAAACAGGAUCAGUAUGAAAUUCAAGACAGAAAUCUUUGAACUUCUGUUUUUCAUAAUUUUUGUUACUUUUUUAAGGACCAAAUUUGAAUCGCUCAAGGACCGGAAAAGGCUCAGGAAAAAUUUCUGAUGUUACCAAACAUCUGGACGUAAGUAGAGUUGAAAAAAACUGCAGCUAUAUCCUUAGCACAAGUUUCUUUAUCUUUCUUUAUUUACAAGUUUCUUUAUUUAUUAUAUUUUUCCGUAUUGAUAUAUAGUUAUAUCAACGCGGAAAAUGUUUUAUAUUUGUUAAUUGCAAUAAGAGAUAGAUGAUCUCCAACAAGAGAUAUUGAACUAUUUCCAGGAGCUUGCUAAAAAGACAGAAGGUGACGAAGAUGAUGAGGAAGAAGACGAAGUUGAAGAAGGAAGAGAAGAACAAGAAUACGACGAGGAGGACCAGGAAGAGGUAGGAAAUAAUCCUUCGCUCAUGAGAAGACUGCUUCUAGGCUUGACUAAUCCAAACACCGUCAAGUUUCUUCAAUUUGUUCUUGCAAAAAUAAUCAAUUACAGACAAUUAGAUGAACGUUUUUAACAUUUGCGAGCUUGCGUGAGGCGUGCAUAACACAUUUCUCCCGCGAAGUGUCAAUCAUAACAGUAAGAGUGUUUCCAGUUUGACUCUACCAAACACAUAGGAUUUCUCCAGUUUAUUCUUGCAAAAAAACUGCGUCAAUUAGGAUGAACCUUAUUACCAUUUGCGAGCUCGUUUUGCUCAUAAAUAACAUUCGUUGGGUGGUAUCAAACUAAAUGUUUUGCAUGCGAAAUUUAUACUUCUGUUUGAUCUUUGGUCGAUCAUUGUUUGUUCGAAAGUUACCAAACACCACAUGUUUUCGCUGGGUACUCUUGGUAACACUGAACCAAUGAGGUUGACUCUUAGCAUCCAUGUUAGCCUGCUUAGCAAACAUUUAUUUGAGGGGUGACAGCGAGAUAUACGCUACAUCAAUGUGGAACGGACUGAACUUGAGUAUAGUUAUUUUUAAAACAAUGAAACAUAUUCUUAGGACAAUGAUUAUCUUGUGUCUCACUAUGACGACGGAGACGAGGUUGGAUUCCAAGAUGACGACGACAUGGACGAGGGGCCUAUCUACUGAGGAGGGGUCUGGCACUGGUUGUGUGAUCUACUGAGGAGGGAUCUGGCACUAGUUGUGUGAGUCAUCCAAAUGAUCUAAUGAAAUUUGGUCUGGGCAAAGAGGCGAGAACUUCGUCAAAUAUUUGGUGAUUGGAGUUCCGAAAAUGAUGGUGACAUGGAUUCGAUAUCCAGACAUGUUUAUGCAAACGUCAACCAUCGCAUGUCUGUCGUGCGCCUGGUUUUAACCAAGAUAUGUUGUGUCGCAAAGUGAUUGCAGCAUCUGUAUAAGUCACUCGAUUCCACUGUUUUAAAUGGUUCUAAUCAGGGUUUUGAUGCUAAGAAGUGUACACAUGGCCGACCAAUUCCUUACUGUGAAUUCCUGAUUGCAGAAGAAAGCACUUUAGGCACAUUGAACGUUUCAUAGACAUAGAACUUUUGUGAUACUCGCAAGUACUUUUGAUGAAACGAUAAUGAUGUAUUUUGGAGGAGAUCGAAGUUUUCUACUGGCGUGAAAUGGAAAGAAAACUGAAAAUUCUAGACACAGUCUAAUAAGCAUCAUACCAUUUAUUACAUAUUUAUUCAACGUAAAUAUAACACACAUAAGGAGGACUGAGAGGAAAUUGAAUAAAAUAUUGUUAACGCGCAGAGCCUCCAUGUCUCUCCAUGGUUCGCCUGCGAGAUGGAUGUAGUUUUUCACUGUGGGGUCUUGCAACAGCGGCCUGUAACUUUCGCUGGUAUUGUUUCUCGGCUUCCUGAAAAAUAGACAUGAAAAUAUUUUGUUAGAUAUCGGGAAUGCUUGCUCUCAACAACGACUAGAGACAGUUU